AUGAUUACUUAAUCUCCGAAUUUCAAGUUGAACCCGAUGACACCAUUAAGUGUUCAUCACAAAUUAGCUUUAAUUGAAGAUGAACCUGAUGACCUUGAAUUAGAAUAGGGAUAUUCAAAAAUAUAAUUCAACGAAAGACUGAUUGUUUGUAUGUACAAACCACAUCAAAUUGUUACCAACAUCCAAAAAACACUUUUGAAAUUGAAAGGAUAAUCAAAUAUUGGGUGGGUUAAUCCAAUUUUAAAAGAUGAAAAAGUAAGAUCAAGCUCAAUCCUAAAAUGCUCCUAAUCACCAAUAAGAAUUUGCUCUGUAUCCUAAUGA